CCUGUGUAUUAUUAUGUCCGUAUUACUGCUCCCAAAGCCGGAACUAAGAAUUUUAUGUAACCCGCCUGCCCCCUCUCUACCCUUGGCCUGUCUCCGCUCUGUCCUAGCAAUCCUCCUUGUGUCAUAUGCUUAAGACAAAUCAAGUUGCGCAUCGCCUCGCCAAAUCCGCCGCCUACUCCAAUCAAAUAAAAAUAACCUGCUCUUCCCUUUUUUCGGUGAUCCGGCCAACAACCUUGCAUUUGCUAUUUAUGAUAAUAAGUAGCUUUGCUAUUUAUUUGUUUGGCGCGCGCAAAACAUGUUUUGCUAUUUAUUAAUCACCUCCCCAUUAUCUCAUCUAUCAAUCGUAAACAUAGACCUGCCAUUUUUCACUCUCUUUUCUUUCUUUCUUCUUCUUCUUGCACACUUCCAUACACAAAAUGCUUUCAGUCACCAGCUUACUCAACCGAGAUCCUCCAUGUGUCUAUCAACAUUCCUCCAACAACAACUCGUCGCAUUAUCAUCCAUACCACCAAGGCUCGCCUUCAUCAUCUUCUACUUCAUCUCUGCUGACAACAGCAGUGAAUGAGCUGCAGCUGAUACCACCACUCCCGUCACCACCGCUAACAGCGACAAAACAACAACAACGCCCAGCAGUUUUAGACAUCUGCAAUCUGUUAUCACCACCUGCAUCACCCAAAUCCUUCUCUUCUUCGGCAACUUCAUUAUCCUCAUCGACAUCCUCACCCUUGUCGUCACCGGAGCAGCAAAAGAAGAAAAUCAAACGACGAAGAGCAACGGCAAAGCAAGUACGAGUGCUUAAUCAAGUAUUUGAGCAGACGCUGUUCCCAUCAACACAGCUACGAAUGCAACUGGGAAAGGAGCUAGGGAUGAGUCCGAGGACUGUACAGAUCUGGUUCCAGAACCGACGGCAAGCCAUACGCAUGCGUGAACAACGUUCCAAUUUGUAACAGUCUCCCACAUCCAAAAAGAAAAUAAUUUAUCAUUACUACCACCCACCCACACACACAAUCACAUAAGCACGCUCCCAUGUACACAAUCACAAUUCAUAUAAACACGCCAAAAAAAGAUCCUUUACAAGAAGAGCUGGACUUUUCAUCUCCAACGUCCGCGCACUUCACUACUACUACUACUACUACUAUUGCUACAACUACUACCACAUUGUACCACUGUACCACAGCAAGAAAUAAAGCAUACACACCUUU